ACCUGCUGAAUCAUCCAUGCCAUUUGUAGCACCUGAAGUAUUUAUGAGAUCUCGUACUUAAAUGCUGACUUUUCCACACCAUUCAUGCCUUCUGUAAUCAGGGUAGAUCUCAACCAAAAGUGGAGCGGUGGCUAAUCAAUAUUUGGUGGAAAUUACAUGAUCAUAAUAGAGCAGAAGUUCACUGAUUUUUUUUCACAUAGUUAUGCUGAACUUCUAAUGAAUUUUUAAUGACUUCGUACAGUAGAGAGACAAUUUCAUGUACUGAUUCAUGCUGCUUGUGCUUAUGACGAUUUUUUCUCAUCUCCAAGUGGAAUGGAAAGGUCAGGUCUUCCACUCGCACAUACAAUAAUCCAAGUAUGCAGUAAAUGUGCACUCCUCUUUCAAGGGGGGACUGUCUUACUUUGCAGCCUACCCCGGUGUGCCGACAUACCAUAAAUAAGUUAAUUUAUGUUUCAUGGCAUUGCUAACGUAAAUCCUCCUACGUAAGCUAGUACUCUGCAUCUGCCCUAGUGAAAAAUCAUCACUAACAUGACUGAUUCUCAGUUCAGCACAACUCUCCUUUUUAAAUAGGAGAGAAAAUGCCACUAUUAAUAGCAGAGCUGUCAAGACUGCAUCAUCUGAAAGACUCAGAGUGUUUCAAGACAAAGCCAGAUUGUCAUUCUCUUACUGCAGCUUGCAGAGGGGGAAAAAAGUCUGAUUAUUGAAAGUGAGAUAGUUUAAAAGAAAACUUACUUAAAACUUAUACACUGCAUCAGGUAAGAAGGGCUGAUGUGAUUUUGUGGAGAUUUAUUUUGAAAAGCAACAGUUUCUUGUACUGGUGAGUGGCUCCAUUUGCUCUGCACUUAUUAGCGAUUCAUCUCUACUGAAAUAAAUCUGAGAGUUGUUCCUGGUCGCACAGUAUCUUCUACAAACAGAUGUCUGUGCUUUUUAUAAAAUGUUAGGGUGGGGAAGAUGGGUGGAGAGAUGAUUUCUGUACUCUCACAGCAACAUUUAGUAAAUCAGAAACAGCAUUUCUACACCAAUCUAAUUCUUUAAUCUUUUUCCCUCACAGCAGCAUGCAGCGAGGCCUCAUGUUGCACUUGCAGUAGCAGUGUACUCAGGACCUGUCUGUAAGGAGUCAUAUGCAGUAAGACAGGAUACGAAUUUACAGCGCAAAGAGACACUCCAAGUAAGCACCACAGCUUUCCUUUCAGCAAAAUUUUUUGUUCUGCUGUGAGGAAGAAUGAGUCCACACAUUAUUCUGGUGGUGAUGGUGGUAUGUAUACCUCUCAGCAAUAUAUUUGAGAGCUGAAUACCUUUUCGUAGGUGACUUCUUAUAGCCAGUUACUUUCGAGAAUGAUCAUAGCAGGAAGCAACGGGUGACUUGGGUUACCAAGAAGGAAGAACGUAAGUAGCGCUAUUGCAUAUUAUUUACCAUUAGCACUGUCUAGAGCUCUUGUAAGCAACAUUGAUUGCUUACAAUUGAAGGAGAAUUCUGCUUUCGGUUAUGUUUCUGGAAACAGAUUCCAGAAGAGAUAAGAAAAAAUUAUCAUGAAUUUAAAACUCCUUUUGUAUUCAAGGGUGAAUUGUUGAACACAAGCCAGUAGGCACCACGCAGUUCAACUCUGCAAACUCAGGCAAACUAAACCAUGAGUUAUUCACGUGCUUCUAGUUCUUGGUAACUGAGCAACAGUGUAAUUUACUGGAGACAGCUACCUUGCACUGCAGAAUGGCAUCUGGUAAAGUACAUGCAACAGGGAUGGGAAUUAAUGACAGUCUCUCUGUGCUGCCUGAUGUCAGAGCUGAGAAAGGUGUGAAGGGUAUAUAAGAGCUGUAUUACUUGCCAGCAAGGAAGGGGAAAACGGAUACUCCAGAUACUGCCAGAUGCAAGCGUGGAAUUGUUGCAUGCACCCUUCUUGCUAACGCAGGAGUGCCUCUUCCGAUAGCUCCCUGACCACUAAAAGAAAUUUUGGAAGAAAAGAUGUACAACCUAAAGCUGUCAGUUGUCUUCAUUGUACUUUCUGUCACGUUGAGCUGUCUGGAAGCUACACCUGUUGAGAAAUUAUUAUCUGUGGCUGAUGAUCUAUCUGAUGGGACUUCCAAGAGACAAGGAUGGAUAUUGCCAGUAAUGUCAAGGAAUGCAGUCUCAGGACUUAGUGAGGCAAUGCCAGAACAAGCAGCAGCAAAGCCAAAAAGUCACCAUCUGGAGAAACGGAAAUGCAACACCGCCACAUGUGUGACACAACGCUUGGCUGACUUUUUAGUUCGUUCCAGCAACAACAUUGGAGCGAUUUAUUCACCUACCAAUGUGGGGUCCAAUACAUAUGGAAAGAGGGACACAGCUGGGCUUUUAAGCAGAGAACCCCAAAACAAUGCACAGCUCUAGUGUGUUAAAAUGACUACUGAUACAGUUUUCAUUAGGAGCUCCCGCCCACUUCUUAUGUCUCAGUAACCUUUUGGUCAUGUAUUACUUGUACAGUCUUAACAGUGCCUUGUUUUCUUUGCGUGUGUGUAUGUGUAUGAUUUUUAUGUUCAUUAUUUCAUUAUGUAUGUACAAGGACUUGCCCAAGCUAUUGUUUUAACUUCAUUAAGAAGUCCAGAAAUCUGCUUGUCAAAUUCCUUUGUAAAAAGAAAAUAAAUCACAAUAAUAAAUGGAAAUGUAAUUGCAACAGGGUUUUUUUUUUAAUUAAAAAGAUGAAAAAGAUAACCAUGAUGUGUAUGUCUUUAUAGUCACAGUUCAGUAAGAGAAAAGCAACCAUCUUAAUGAAGAAGAUCAACAAAAAUCAGACUGCUAACAGAAGUUAUGUCCUGAUGUAAGUGAAACAGAAGAAUCUUCUGGUUUGGAAAUGUCUGCAGUGUCCUGUUUUGCCCAGUUCAAGGAACAACUAGAAGAGAUACUAUGGCUGCACUGCAUAGUUGAUUAGACCGUUUGACUGAACGGUCUCUUUCCACCCUAAAGUGCACUAAACUAGUAGAAGUGGUCUUGCAGUACAGAUUUCAUUAGAUACUUAUUAGGCAAUUUUGAGAAUUUACAGUUCUUACUUUAAGACAGUAUCAGUUAAAUGUAAGCAUCAUGAGCAUAAGUGCAUUUUAAAUAUGAAUAAAAGAAAGCUCAUUUAACAAGUUCUCAGAAACAUCUU